AACGUCGUUUCGUCAGUUCGUAUUUGUUGUUGGACAAGCCAACAAAGAUUUACAAGAAACAAAGUUUCCAAUAGAGUUGCCACCAGCCAUGGUUGGGUGCAAGCUAGGAUAUGUUGUAUUAGUGUUUUGUGUGAGCCUUCAGGCCCAUGCCCGGCCUCAAGAAGGGCCCAUAAGCGCACCCGACAAGAAGACCACAUCCAUCCCCAAAGUGCCGGAUUGUGUGCAGGAUCAAGUGGAAAACACGCUAUUUGGCCAGAUUUGGCAAGAGAUUGCCUCGCCUUCUGAGGAAACAGAGGAUAGCCAAUGCUCGGAACGCUUCGUGGUGUUGAUUCCAUCGGGCGAGAAAUUGGAGGAACUGUCCAAGAGUUCCGAGAAUGGAGAGAACGCGUUCGAAAACGACGAGGUCCUUCGACAUCUCACGCUUUUCAGUCACAUCUUCAGGGUCAAUGAGGAGGAAUUCAAUGCACUCAAUGACGGGGAUAGCCUUUUGUCCUUGAAUGGAAUGGUGGCCAAUGUGGUUCAAAGCGCCGAGGGGAUGACCAUUUCGAACAUGCCCACCACCUUGGAAUGCUCCACGGAUUGUAUGAAAAUAUAUGACUUGGAAGGAGUGUUGGCUGUCUCGCCUCAAGAUCUGGAGUUCUCCUUGGCUCCACGGUUUGGUGGCAUUGACAAGGACAACACCAGCACCAAUGAGGAUGAAAAUGAAGAACAACAAGGGACGGGACAGCCCGACUCAAAAAUCAUUUUCCGAACCCUUGAGCUGCCCACCCUGACUGACACGCUUCGUCAGGCCCUGGAAAAGGAACUUUCCGGCAGCUCUUUGGCCAAGAUCUGGUCCCAAGCCCAAAUUGAUAUGAAUACCAACCUUAAAGAGUGGACAAACUACAUUGUUGUUGUUCCAACUGAUCAGAGCUUGGACAAAUUGUCCCAUGGGCCGAACAUGAGUGAUGAGAAAUUUCGAGAGAGGAUCUUGUCGACCCAUUUGAUCGUUCGAGAGGGGAGGAUCCCAGAAUCCAUCUUAGAUCGAUUGCCAGAAGAUCGAGAUAUUAUUAAGAUCAACAUGAUGGGACAAAAUGUGGUGUUCUACAAGGAACAAGAUCUUAACGGCGAAACCAUUAUCAGAGUGAACGGCCGCAAAGUGAUCAAAAUCGUGCGAGUUGACGACGUGGAUCUGUUCCAAAUUGAAGAGCCUCUCUUUCUGGGAGCAGAUUUGGCUCUCCUGGAACGAGACACCAAUGAGGCGGCCUCCCCGGGCGCUCAGCAAUUCCAGUCAGUGCCACAGAACGUCCAAGGCCCAGUUUCCAGCCGACCCAAUCCUCACCUCUUCACGGCCUUUAUUCCCUCGCUUCCUCCUGCGCUCUCUUUCGCCAUGCGUCAGUUGGGCGCAUCAAGAGCCGCCAGCAUUUGGACGGACGUGAAAACUGUCGCUCAGACGGCCAAGGCUGAUCGAGAAGAUGAUCUGUGCUCGCUCCCCGCCGAAAUUGGACCCUGUCGAAUGAUCGUGGGUCGGCUGUUUCACAACCCUGAGACUGGCAAAUGCGAGCCGUUUGUUUAUGGUGGCUGCGAGGGCAAUGAAAACCGAUUCGAGAGCCUCUUAGAAUGCUCAGAGACUUGCGUGACUGACCUCAAGAGCAAGCAAGAGGUUCGAGCCCAAGUGUGUGCCCUCCCUGUCUAUUUGCACGAGAAUUUAGAGCCUCUGUUGAAAAGUGGUUGCACCGAAGAGAAGGGCAUGAAGUUCCAUUUCAAUGAAGAAACCGGCCAAUGCGACGAAGUCGAAUACGAAGGCUGCUUUGGAACGGACAAUCUUUUUGACACGGUGGAAAAAUGCCGGGAGAUCUGCAUAACCGAGCCUGAAACGUUGGCCAAAAUUGAGGAACAAACCAUGGAACUCCUUGACCAGGUGAGUGCAGAUGACGGACUUUGCGAUCAACCCAAAUAUUUGGAGGAUCCCGGAUUGGGGGCCUGCCGAGCUCAACUGCCCAAAUGGGCCUUUGAAGACGGACAAUGCACACCCUUCUUCUACAAUGGUUGCGGGGGAACUGAGAACCAGUUUGAGUUGGAAGAGGACUGUCUGAAGAAGUGUGCCAACAAACGAGAAGAUAAAACAUUGUACAUUUAUGUACCUUCGGAUAACGCCUUGGAGGACUUGUACGACGCUGUAGGAGUGGGUCAAGAGGCCUUCACGUCUGAUAUUCUUUUGGGCAGAAGGUUUGUUCUGAAUUCGUUGUCAAGGAACCGUUGCGAUUCGGACCAGGAUGUAAUUACUUCUCUCAAUCAGGAAUUCACCAUCCAAUGCAACAACUAUGUUACUGGUUUCAAGUCAGACAACUACGAAGUCUUCAUUUCCGAAACGGUUGAAGCCAUCACCCGCGACGAUCUGGAGAGUGCCAAAAUCGCCCAAGAAGAAACCAAAAUCGACCAACGUAGUGGUCUUGCGCCCGUGCCUGUGGCUGUUGAUGCGCCAUUACCCUCGCCCAAUGGAGCCGUGAAGAACUUGCUUCGGAGUCUGGACUUGGGAAAUUUUGCUGACAAAUGGGAGGCCUACAAGAAGAUCGAAGAUUUGGAAUCACAAGAGUCCAAUAACAUCUUGUGCACUCUCCCUAAAAACGAAGGAAACUGCAGAGAUUCCGUGGGAAUGCAAACCCGGUUCUACUACGAUGUCGAAUCCGGUUUCUGUCGGAGAUUUUCGUUCGGUGGAUGUGGCGGGAACGUGAACAAUUUUCAAACUUACGACGAUUGCGUCAAUUUCUGCGGGAAAUUCCAAGGGCGAGUUGCUAUGGCGAACUUCGAGGGAGUGGGACAAGAUGGGAACUCCAUCAAUGGGACUUUGAUCUUCACUCAAAAGACGCCCAAAUCCCAAGUGAUUGCCAAAGGACAAAUCAAUGGAUUAUCAAAUGGCGCUCACCAGAUAUUCUUCUACACAGAGGCCUUCAAAGAUGGCACUUGCGAUCCGUCCAAAGUAGACAUUGAGGACAAGUCGAUCAAACAGGAGCCUCAAUCAAUCAGAAGUCAAGACGGAACUGCUAGCGUGGAAUUGGAGGAUUCCAUCAUCUCUCUAUUUGGCGAUGACCCGAUAAUCCAAAAUGGCAUUGCCAUUCAAGUGGCAAGCGAUGUCGACACCGUUAAGGAGGCUAUUCUAGCGGAGAAUAUGGCUGUCUGCACCAAUGUCAAAUACGAAUCCAAUCGCAAAUCAGCCACCGUGACCGUGGUGUCCACGUCAAACCCAGAACUGGCGGACAAUCUUCUAACUUUAACUCAAGAUGGACCAGAUGCGCCUGUGAAAGUUCAAGGCCAACUCUUCGGUUUGACCCCGGGCAAGCAUGGCUUCCAUAUCCAUCAAAAUGGCGACACUGGGGAUGAGUGCAAGGCUGCUGGCGGUCAUUUCAAUCCGUUCACGCAAAACCAUGGGGCUCCACAUGUUACGGAAAGACACGUUGGAGACUUGGGUAACAUUGUCUCCACGGGAUCGCUUGCCAAUGUCGAUAAGGAAGAUUUCCUCUCAACCCUUUACGUUGGAGUUGAUGGAGUUACGGACCGGGCCAUUGUGAUUCAUGCCGGCGAGGAUGAUCUGGGAUUGGGCGGCGAUAAAGGGUCCUUGAGCACCGGCAAUGCCGGAGCUCGGGUUGGGUGCGGGAUCAUUCAGGCCGACGUCAAAACCCUAAAGGCUAGUGCCAAGUUGUAUAUUGGGGACAAUACCAGCCCUGUUAUGAUCAGCAUGGAACAAAAAGAGGUCACCCAAGAGGUCACACUCUCAAUUGCUGCUGAAAAUUUGGAAGCCGGCUCUUACGGUUUGUUUACCAUCCCUGAUGCCGAUUGCAACUCAUUUGAAGGGCUUUCUAGACACGAGAUCCUCGUCGGCGAAUUCUCCAAAGAAGACUCUAAGGGCGAGUCCAUUGACUUUGCCUCAAAUAAAGUGACCUUAGAAGGCUAUCCCUCUUUAGAGAGUAGUCCAGUGGUCCUUCGAGCCGCCGGAAGCAAUGAGAUUUUGGCUUGUGCCAUGGUAACUUAUGAUGACGAACAAAACGUCAUCGUUAUUGUUCCACCAAUGGUCGAGGAUCUGUCCAAGGGUAACCUCAGGUGUCACCUGAUUUUCGGAGCAGCGCCCGUGGCUCCCAAUGAAGAGAUCAGUGCACAAACACUAUGUUUCCAAGAAGUCACCUUGUUCCAAGAUGAGAACGGAACUCUGGUGGUGAACAAUAUCCCUGCUGACAAAAUGGAUCACAAGGACGGAGCCUCGGUGUUCCAAAUCACGGCGCCCUUUUGGCCCACUCUCACUCCAGGAACCAUGGCAGCUAAACCCAACGUAGGAUCUGGAAAUAAGAAUAACGGCCUGGUCGAGGUCAGACCCAGGACCCUCACCCUGCCUGAAGUGGAUGAGACUCUUAGAGCCGAGGCCACCGAGGAGCUGAAACUGAGUAUUUUCUUUAACAUUUGGGAUCAGACUCUCAAGACAGAUUUGGCCAAAUUGGUCGAACAACCAGGCACUACUUUCACCAUCAUCACUGUGGAUGAUGAGAGUUUCUUGGAUCUGGCGGAUAAAAGUGGCUCCGAUAAGCGGGAAUUCCCGGAUCAGGAGCUCCUAAAUAGAUUCAUUUUAGCCAACCAAGUCGUGGGAGAAAAGAUUGAUACCGACACGCUUACUGAGGAGCCUUUAAGGGUUAAGACUGUGGGUGGUUUUGGCUUGACAAUCUCCAAUAAAGAGGGCCAAAUCUACGUGAAUAACACCAAGGUGAUGGCCAUGAAAGCGAGCUCCCAAGGGAUCAUCUUGAUCUUGGAGGAGCCUUUUAACAUCCCCGUACCUGUGGUGGAGAAGGCUCUCGAGCGGAUCCGUGAUCAAGCACAAUAAGAAGCGAUGCGAACAGUAUUGAAAAUGCCUAUGGAAGUACAUGAUUCUCGGAUCUUUAAUGUAGAGAAUGACCGCACUGUGAAUAUGAGUAGUGAUUACAAU